CCCGUGGGGCAGCAGCCGCUGGCUGGUCUCUGUCCCGGGAAAGCUUCCGAGACCCUGAGGCUCGAGACCGCGGUCACGACCAAGCUCCUGAGAGGGACACGGAGGGUUGGGACCCAAGGACACGGAGCUGCUGGCCCUGGGAGGCCGGAGCCAGGGGCAAACGUCUCGUGGGCAUGCGGCGGUCCCCGAGCAGUUCCGGGCGGCCCCCGGAGCCCACCGCCCCGCUCGGGCCCUGUCGCCACCGCCAGGCCACCGCGGCCCUCGGCGGGCUCCUGCUUCUGCUGAUGGCUCUGCCCCCCGGCACGGCCGGCGCCAAGGACUGCAUGUUCUGUGAGCUGACCGACUCCGCCGACUGCCCCGGCAUCCCCAUGGCCUGUGGCGACGAAGAGGCGUGCUUCAUCGGCCAGGGGACAGCCCAGGACCUCGGCCCCGUCAUCAACAAAGGCUGCGUGGGAUCCGAGGAGUGUGGCCGCCAGGAGCCCGUCACCUACCAGGGCGUCACCUACAGCCUCACCUCCAGAUGCUGCGACGGCGACAUGUGCAACGGGGCCCCCACCCCCGCAGGCGGCCUGCGGGCGGGCGCCACCACUGGCCUGGCGCUGGGCGCGCUGCGGCUGCUUCAUGGGCCGUGACUGGCGCGGAGGGCAGGACCCGGGACUGGUCUCGGGCUCUGCUGCUCCUCGUGCCCUGCCUCCUCCCCCUUCCCCCCGUCCAAGGCCAGGAGCCCCAGACAAACCCCCGUGGCCCUGGCUUCCUCCGUUCCAGGCUGUCCCCCAGGACCCAGGGCUCCGCCACGCCGGAGCCUGACCUAGCGGGGGGGCGGGGGGGGGGGGGGUCCGCGCCCCGGGUCUGGCUGUAACAUUGUGCUCAUUGGUUCUAAGACGCGAUAGCGUUUCACAGUUUGA